GAUAGGUUAGGGUUUUUUUAUUGCAGUACAUCGUAUUGUCGGAUAGUGCUCAGAUGGAUUGAGCCAGGAAACUUAUUUGUGGAGUGGUAGAGCUCUCGGAUUUGUUUUGCACCCAACGUUCAGUAGCACUCUAGUUAUUUGUAUCUGUUAUAGCCAGUAAAAAAGAUCUACUAGUGCCUCCUCUGAUGCAUUAUGGGCAGUUGAGCCUGCUCAAAGAAAAGUUCAUGCUAAUGGAUUGGAUGUUAAUCAAACUAUCCGCAGCAAAUGUUCAGAUGAACCCAAUAGCUUUUUAAAAAGUUGAUUAUUUGGAAUAAUACCAAGCCCAAGCCUCCUUCUGUGCUCAUGUAAAAAAAAAAACUUGAACAAUACCAAGCCUGCUUCUGUUCUCAUGUAAAAGAAAUUUCUUUUGUGCUGGCCUUUCAUGAUAGCAUGACUACUUCAAUGCAGAUCCGAUGAUGAAAACAAGUGCCCCGAUGGUUUGUGGGCAGGGACCGAAGACUGAUUGUUGUGUCAAAAAAACUAUGUCAACAUCGAAGGGUAUUCAGCUUCACCAUCUACCCAACGAUGUACUGCGUGGUAUACUAUCGCGAUUGACAAUGAAAGAAGCCGUGCGGAUGAGCAUACUAUCCAAGAAGUGGAGCAGGCUUUGGAAAUGCUACCCAAAGCUAGUAUUCACUAGAGCCACGAUGCGUGGCAGUAACGCCGCCACGACAGGACCUGCAAAACCCUUGCGGACAAGGUUCAUCAGGGGGAUCAACAGCAUCCAGCGACAGCUCAAGUCAUCUAACCUGAAUAAGUUUGUGGUCAAGUUUGCGCUUCGCAAAAGGCACACACCUCACAUCGAUAAUUGGAUCAAUUUUUGUGCCGCCUCGAGGGCGAAACAUGUUGUUCUUGAUUUAUGUCCAGGGCCGAAGGGCAGCAGCGACAAAGAUGACAAGUACAGUUUCCCGCUGCAUCUUCUCAGCGCCUCGGGUGGUUCUUGCGUGAAGUCUCUUAGUCUAGGGUUCGUGUAUUUAACACUACCUCCUGAUCACCGUGGAUUUGCAAACCUUAAGAAGCUCUCUCUGCAAAUGGUUCAUGUCACAGGUGAUCUCGGGUGCCUGCUCCCAAAUUGCCCUGUUCUUGAGUGGCUAAGCCUCACCAAGUGUAGAAUGGAUGAGCUAAGCAUAGGCCAGGAACUGAGCAGGCUCCAUUAUUUGCAGGUGAAGUACUGUAUACUGCAGAAGUUGGAUAUCCGAGCUCCAAACCUUACCAUGUUUUUGUUCGCUGGUCGUACGAUACCUAUAUUGCUGGGUGAACCUGUGAAUAUUUCGGAGGCAACAGUCGAAUUGAUCACAUCCUCGGACUGCUUCAGUUAUGUCUUCACUGAUCUUGUCGAUGCUCUUUCGCAUGUUCAGUCCCUCUCCAUAAGCUUCCGAAUUGAAACCAAGGUGAUAAAUUUUGUGAAAAAUCAGACCAGACUCACCAAUCUGAGACGUCUGGUCCUGAAAAUCGAUAUUGUUGGGUCACCAGAAGUUACUGGUGGGAUUCUUCGUUUGGCCUAUCUUUUGGAGUUAGCCCCUGCUUUGGAAGAGUUAGUACUCCAUAUGUGUUGUUUUGACUCGGCAAUCCACGGUGAACCAAAUGAAGAUGCCUACCGGCCACAUCCUCACCAUCACCUCAAGACUAUCAAAAUAACAGGGUUCUAUGGUUUACUUGGUCAGGUUGAACUAGCACUCUACCUCCUUCGGAGUGCAACUUCUCUUGAGCGUAUGAUCAUAGAUCCAGUGGUGAGGAAUAACUGGUUUACUCCAUCCAUGGGUGGAGCUAAGCCUAACAUAGACAGGGGCACGUCGAUUGCCCUCAAUAAACUUUCGAGGCAAGAGUUCAGGAAAGUCCUUGACAUUCUCUAUUAAGGGGAUAUGAAACUAUGUUGUAGGUAUAUUUUAUAUUAUAUUUUAAAGGUAUGAGAGAUGGCAAUAGAAAAAGGGGCUCAGGAAAGUCGUCCUUACCCUGUCCAGAGAAAGAGGAAGUUGAAUCACAUGUAUCUUUAUUUAUGUUGUGUUUAUUAGACUAUCUGGUACUUAUAUAAGCACAAUAUGUUGGUAGACAGGAUUUCUGUCCAGAGAAAGAGAAAUAGGGUACUGAUUAUACAGGAUUUAA